CUUCCGCACUCCGCCGCUCAUGUAGCCUGUUAGCAGCUGCGAUAUUAGACACGUUAGGAGUGAAAACGUGUUGAUUAUCGGGACAGAAACAACGAUUUAAAGCUUCCGACUGCUCGAAGAGAAACUUUAGUUCAUCCGAAGGUGGAAACUUUGCUUUUAUGAGAGAAAAAAGCGACGUUAGCGUGAGGAAGCCGCAGCGUUUUAACCUGUUAAACUGAUCCGCAGCGAGGAAGUCAUGAAGGUGAGUCUUGGUCCCGGUCCAGGCUCCGUCCUGCUCUUGACUCUGUGGGUCCAGCUGGUUCUUAGCGGAGUUUACGCCUCCGAUGGCACCAAGAACUGCAAACUGUUCUCUGAUUCCGAGUCGGAACGUAAAGUCCUGAGCCGAGUGGAGGCGCUGGCCAACAAGAGCUUCACCGGAGAGUCUAAGAGUAAAGAUGAGAGCUACACGUACACGUUCCAGCUGUGUGGAGAUGCAGGAGGCGUUCAAGGAGCUGGAGUCACUCAGUACGACCCGAAGAGUAAGAAAACUGUCGUGGUCGGCCAGUACAACGCCACACAGGCCAUCGGAGGAAGCGACUGGGUGAUGCUGAUCUACAGAAACGGUGAUCGAUACGACGGUCACUGCUCCAAGGAGAAGAGGAAAGCCAUCAUCAUGAUCUCCUGCAACAGGGAGGCAGAUAUGGGAACUCUGGAGGUGGUUCUGGAGGACCGGGAGCGACUGGAGGACUGUUUCUACCUGUUUGAACUGGACUCCAGUGCAGUUUGUCCGGUCAUCAAGUCCCGACUCAGCGCCGGGUCCAUAAUACUCAUCAUUGCUGUCUGUCUCCUGGCCGUCUACCUGAUCGGGGGGUUCCUGUACCAGCGGCUGGUGGUGGGAGCUAAAGGCAUGGAGCAGUUCCCCAACUACUCCUUCUGGGUGGAGGUCGGCAACAUGACGGCGGACGGCUGCGACUUCGUCUGCCGCUCGAAGAAUCGACACGAGGCUCCGGCAUACCGAGGAGUCUCAACAGAACCUCUGGAGGAGGAACCGGAGGAGCGAGACGACCACCUGCUGCCGAUGUGAUGGACCAGAACCUCAGAGUCUUGUUUGGUAGAAGAAGCUGCCAGAAGACACAAGUCCUUCUGUUGACUCCGGUAAUGGUUCCACUGGUUCCACUGGUUCCACUGGCAGCAGCUGUCUGUUAGACCGACCCCCUCUUCUUCCUCCUCAUCUUCCUCCUCCUCUUCUUCUCCUCCCUCCUCCUCCUCUACCUACUCCUCUUCCUCCUCCUUUUUCCUCUUCCUGCUCUUCUUCCUCCACUUCUUCUUCCUCCUCUUUCCUCUUCUUCCUCCUCCUCUUGUCUCUUGUUCGUCCUCAUUCUCCUCUUCUUCCUCUUUUUUCUCCUCUUUCUCCUCUCCUUCCUCUUCUUCUUCCUCCUCCUCUUCCUCCCCCUCUUCCUUCUCCUCUUCCUCCUUCUCUUCCUCCUCCUUCUCUUCUUCCUCCUCCUUCUCCUCUUCCUCCUCCUCUUCCUCCUCUUCCUUCUCUUUCGCUUCCACUUCUCCCUCCUCCUUCUCUUCCUCCUCCUCCUCCUCUUCCUUCUCUUUCGCUUCCUCCUCUUCCUCCUCCUCCUCCUUCUCUUCCUCUUCCUCCUCCUCCUCUUCCUCCUCCUCCUCUUCCUUCUCUUUCGCUUCCUCCUCCUUCUCUUCCUCUUCCUCCUCCUCCUCCUCUUCCUCCUCCUCUCCUUCCUCCUCUUCCUCCAGUGAUCCAUCAGAUAUCAGAGACUCUUCCAGAGGUUUUAGGAGGAGAUCAGGAGUGUUUUUAACCUCUGAUAGUUGUGAAGGUCGGUCCUGACUAAGUCCACUAAGUGCUUCUGCUUCUUUCAUCCUUCAGCUUUUUCUUUCUUCCUCCUGAAUGUAAACAUUCUGUUUUCUCUAGAAACCAAAGCUUCUCCUUCCUCUCAGUCUUCUUCUGUUACUGACUGAAAUCUGAGCUGCUGGUAAAUUCUCACACUGAAGCGUUCAGCUGAAACUCCAAAUUACAUCUCUUUACGAUGAUUUCAUUUCCUCAUAUAAAUGUGACUAUAAAAUAAAACUACGAGGGCAACUGUUGAGUAUUUUUCACAAUAAAAUGUCAAAAUUCUGUGA